AUGCUUCUCUCAAAUGCUGUGAUUCUCUUAGCUGUCGGUAGUGUCCAAGCCACUAGCUUCACCGAAUACAUCUCGGACACAUACGAUCACCUCAAGCCAAGAGUAGCUGAAACAUAUGAGAGUAUUAGCACGAGAGCCGCCGGAACAUACAACACCAUCAACACCAAGCUCUUUGCUCGCAAAGACUCAUGUCCUCCAGUAUGGACAUCCAUUGCUGCCGAGUUAAAGACUAUGUACUGGGACCCAGCGACCAAACAAUGCAACGACGACGCCCGAGCUGCCAUCAGGGAAGCCUUCCAUGACUGCGGCGCCUGGCAAAAGUCCAACGGCCUCGUCGGCGGUUGUGACGGCUCUCUCAUCCUCUCUGUCGGCAAUGAUGAGCUCCUCCGCGGCGAAAACAACGGUCUUCAAGACAUAUCCACCAAACUGCUCGCCCUGCAACAAAAAUACAACAAAUCAUCUACUCCUGUCUCUGUAGCAGACCUCAUCCAAUUCUCCGGCAACAUAGCAGUCGUCACCUGUCCCGGCGGCCCCCAAAUCAAAACCUACAUCGGCCGCCGCGACUCCAGCGUCCCCGCCCCACCAGGUCUCCUACCAGAUGUCCACGCCCCCGCUGCAGACCUCUACAAACUGUUCCAGGACAAAGGAUUUGACGCAAAAGAACUCGCUGCUCUGCUCGGUGCGCACUCGACGUCAAAGACCUUCCAUGUCCCAGAGAUUCCCGUCGGUGCGCAACAGGAUACCACGCCGGGUCUUUGGGAUGUGAAAUACUAUCAAGACACGCUUACGCCUCCACAGGGCGUGUUUGUUUUGCCUUCUGAUAAGGCGCUUGCUGCGCACCCAGAAGUUGGGAAAGAGUUCAAAGGUUUCGUUGGGGGACAGGGGAAGUGGACGGGAGAUUUUGCUAAAGCGCAAUCUGAUCGAUUGCACGAAUCUGAUUCCGAAAUCUAG